AUGCAAGCAGUACGCGCCCAUGAACUGGCCAUCCAAAGGAUUAUCGACGGGCUAGGGGGCUUGAUAAUUUGGGAUAUGAUUCUCUCUCCAUUUUAUACAUGCGAUCUGAUGAGAGGUCUGACAAGUGACAUGCCACUUCCGCUCCAUGAAUCCUGGAAAUGGGAACUCAAAGUUCGCACAGAGUGUUUGUUCUUACAUGAAGAAUACAAAGUCUCAAGCACAUCAUUCGUCGGCAGACGCUUCUUCAACUCGCCUUGGUCUGCGAGCCUCCAUCCACAGCUAGUUUCCACUCUUCGCUCGCUGCGAAAACUGGUCUCGCUAUACGAAAGCGUUGUUUCUUCUUCUUGGGGUCAGACUCGCAUGGACAACGACGGUCUUCUUCUGCUAGACCAUGAGCUGCUUUAUUUGGCGCAGGAUCAGUCUCUGCCUGCUUUCCAAGACACUCUCCGCCUUACAGCGCUGAUAUAUACCGUCGUGCGAAUCCGAGGCUUCAGUGGUAUGCCGUGCGCAGAUAUAUUUGUGAACACCCUCCGCAAGAGCCUGGAAAAUAGCUUGAAGUUUCUGGAUGCAAACGCGCCAGAUCUCCUACUAUGGAUCUUCUUUAUAGGGAGCUUGGCAUCGAGAGACCGUAGGCACCAUGCGUGGUUCUCGCGUCGGUUACAAGUGUUGGCUAGCACAUUAGGACUCGAGCAAUGGGAUAGUGCUAUGAUAGUCAUGCAGGAGUAUCUCUAUGUGUGUAGACCAACAGACGGGUUUGUUCGGGAGAUGUGGGAAACAGCGUUCGAGGAAAAGGUAGUAGAAACUUAA